ACGUAUCAUCGCGUGUGUUGAUGGCACGUGGUACGACGCAGAUGGACAAGAAGUCGCAAGGAAACAAUACCAAUAUUUUUCGUAUCUUCGCAUCAAUCGGUCGUGGCGCUGUCAAAGAUGAGAAUGGUGAACCCAUUGAGCAGAUCAUCGAAUAUUUUGCAGGUAUUGGCACCAACGAGAAGCGUUUGAAACGAUUGAAUUCAGGUGUGACUGGAGACGGAUAUGCAGAGCAGAUAGCUGAAGUUUACAAGUACUAUUGUCGUCAAAUCGUGAAUCCGGAAGACGAGCUCUGGUUUUACGGUUUCAGUCUCCUAGAUGUCGUGACUGUAGUCGCUGGUCUACUAGAAACGAUAGGGGCUUUGCCAUAUGACGAGGAUUUCCAAGAAACAUACAAGAAGGCGUGGGACUUGCACAAGCUGAUCCAGAAAGGCUGCCUCGAAGGAAACGAGGGCAAGCAAGNNUCCAAAUCGAGAAGUUGUCCCAGGAUCGGUUUCCUGGGCCUUCUUGACACCGUCAAGCGCGUCAACAACGACCCAGAUACGACAGCACAUACAUUAGCCUUUCACAACUCUGUUAGGCAUGUCCGUCAUGCCCUCGCAUUGAACGAUACACGGUUUCACUACCAACCUGAGAUGUAUGGCCCAAUCGCCGACACCGAUUCAUUCCACGGUCGAUCUCUCAUUCAAGCCUGGUUUGUGGGUGCACAUUCUGAUAUAGGGGGUGGGGCUAGAGAUGAUGGGCUCUCGUUGUAUCCUCUUCAGUGGUUGUUGAUUGAGAGUCAGCAUCAAGGUCUCGUUCUGCAGCACAACUCCCAAGCAAUGCUGAUUGAGGAUCCUCUGUCCUUGGUUUUCCCGUCCCGAAAGCAAGGCUCGCCAACUGACCAAACCACUGCACCUGAAGUCCUUUGGGAGUACCAGUAUGCCAACGGCAUCAAAGUUCGGAUGGAAGAUCUGAGAUCAUCUCAUAAUCAUGGAAACAUGCAGACUCCACCGAAGAAGCGAUCUGGCUCUGACAAUACUAACAAGUCAAGAUCGAUGUCAAUUGCCAGCAAAUCGAGCAAUGGAACUACCGCAUCGAAUAGUGAUACGUAUGCUUCGAGGCGCUCCACCGAUGAUAACACCCGAAAAGGAAAGAGUGGCUUCUUGAAAGGACUUNUUGGAAGANAAAAGUCAUCAGCCACUCCGUCGUACACGACAAUGCUGCGAGACCACGACCCAGUCGUUGAACCAAGUGACUCCGCGUUAGCACAACAUUUCGUCCGGGUGCACUCAGGGUUUCCUCAUAUCCUCUACCAACAAUACCGCAAACCAUUCCAAGACGGACCUUUUGGUUGCAUCAUCCACCCUUCAGUCUACCUGAUCAUGGAUGUCUACGCACGUUUCGGAAUUGAAGUGGCAAUGAGGCCCUUCGAGAAAGACAUCAAUCGCUUCCGCAAUGAGCAGCAUCACAAUACGAGAGAUCCGUGGCUAGCAUUGCCGAUGGAAGAUGUACAGCAGAACAGUGUCAAAGCAUGUCGUAUACUCGUUUGUGGACGCACAGGAGUCGGCAAAUCCACCCUCAUCAACAAAGUCUUCGGUGUGCCGAUGACUAUCGAAUCGCAUAUGAAACAAGGAGACCACAAUAUCAACGAAGCCUUCGAAUCUGAACAUCAUCCCGGAAUAAUCAUUCACGACUCUCGGGGAUUCCAAGCGGGAGAUACCAGGGAGUUGGGACAGUUCCAGGACUUCAUCAAAAGACGUUCUAAGAUUGAUGACCCAAAAGAGAGCCUUCACGCUAUCUGGAUAUGCAUGCAAACAGAUACAGACCGGGUGGUCCAAACGUCCGAAGACGAGAUCUUCAAGGUUCUAGCUAAACACGCGGCACACAUACCCAUCAUCAUUGUUGGAACGAAANAGGACAACUUUCUGAAUCAACAGGAGUCUGUGGCUCGCAGGGAUCUGAAANAGAGCGGCAUAUCUGACUGGAAUGAUUUGGACAACCAAAGCCGAGAAAGGGCAGAACAAGAUCUCGAAGCCCGGCGAGAACAGGUCAAAGAUGAGCUCAGAGACAUACCGAACCUCAGUCUCGAUUCGAUCCAGUUCCUGCACUCCAUCAAACGCCUUGUGGACUCAACUCUUGAGUUAAUAACCAACGACGAAGCGCGGCUCAGAUGCAUCGCAGCACAAGUCGUUGACACAGAGCUCAAAGUAAAACGCGCCAUAGACGAGAGCAUUCGCUUUCUUCGCCAUGGCAUACGCACGUCGUCGGUGGCUGCGGUGACAGUCGUGGGCUCCUCCAUCACAACGCCAACCAUCUCCAGAAUCCUCUGUGACAACAUUCUGAAAUUCUUUGGUUUUCCAAAGAUUGACUCGGCCAGCGUCAACAACAUCAUGAAUAAGAUCAUAGGGUGGAAUCUGUAUGGCUUUCUCGCACAGCAGAUUGGCCAAAGCGUCGUUCUGAGCACUGGUGUCGCUGUAUUGUGCAUCUUUUCUUUGGGAGGAGCUCUUCCUUUGGUGGCCGGCUUAUCAAUGCUGGAGAUUCCCACCGCUGGUCGUAUGAUUGUCAAAUGCGCUUGUGAUUUGAUUCUCAUCCUGGACCGAGCAUUCAAACAUGGAGGCAAAUUCGUCACAAGCCAGGAUAUCGAGGAGGCCUCUCAGGAGUACGUGGCAACAACAGUACAAGGCGGUUGGUCCAAACGAAAACAGGUUCAUGCUCAAGUCACAGGAUUAAUACCUAUCCUCCAGAAGAAGUUCUGGAACCGCCUGUCAAUCAUCAAGGUUGGCAUGGAGGAGAUUAUAGAGAACAACCGCUGGGCUCCAAUUGAUGUGACUGCUCGCACAGAUUCUGGGCUCGACUUGGCGGUGACUAAACUGAGUUUGGAAUCUCUGAGGGACGAGAACGAGUUGGGAAACUUGUUCACCCGCGAUGAGGAAGGAGUGGUUGUUGUCAAAUCUGCCAGAGGCGAAACAACCACU